AUGUAUGUCCCACAGAGACCUGGCCCCAAAGUGACAUCUCCAGGCAGCGCCGGACGGGCCAAUGCCAGCCGGAUGAUGACCAGUUGUAGCCAGCGGUCCCGGAACGUGCUCGCAGUAUUCUCCCUGCUGUUUCCUGCAGUCCUGUCCGCACAUUUCCGGGUCUGUGAGCCCUACACGGACCACAAGGGCCGCUACCACUUCGGUUUCCACUGCCCCCGGCUCUCGGACAACAAAACUUUCAUCCUUUGCUGUCACCAUAACAACACGGUCUUCAAAUACUGCUGCAACGAGACGGAGUUCCAGUCGGUCAUGCAGGCAAACCUCACAGCCGGCCCCGAGGGCUACACUCACAACAACUACACGGCGCUGCUGGGAGUGUGGAUCUAUGGCUUCUUCGUGCUCACGCUGCUGGUCCUGGACCUGCUCUAUUAUUCCGCCAUGAACUACGACAUUUGCAAGGUUUACCUGACCCGGUGGGGCAUCCACGGACGGUGGAUGAAACAGGACCCCCGGCGGUGGGGGAACCCUGCACGAGCCCCUCGGCCAGGACAGCCGGCCCCGCAGCCGCAGCCGCAGCCUCCCCCGGGUGCCCUGCCUCCAGCCCUCCAGGCCGUCCACACGCUUCGGGGAGACACACACAGCCCACCCCUGAUGGCCUUCCAGAGCUCAUCCGCCUGAGCCUCCUGACCUUCCUGGGCUGCCAGAAAGAGUGGGACAAGAGUGGAAAACCCUUUUGCUGUGCCUCAGGAUGAAGGAGGUUAGACCCAGAGCACCUGGUACAGCCUCCAAAAAACAGCUUCAACCAAGACACCAGGGAGAGCCAGGGCAGUGGCGUGGUAACAGAAGAGGAAACACCACCUGUGCCCAGAAACCCCUUCCGUGGACUUCUGAGAUUAGGAGCGAACUCAGGGUCCGGGGACAGGGUGCAGGAAGGGAGGUCCGAGCCACCUGUCUGCAAGCAAUAGUCCUCUUUGGGGCUGGUGGCUUCUGAGAAGACACUCGAUGUGGACUGAGAUGGCCAACACAAAGCUGCCCUGUCUGAUCCCAGCCAGAAGGACUUGGGGCCGUGAGUUGUGCCGAGGUCCAAACACAGAUGUUCCCCUGCCUCCACCCCCGCCAAUAGUGGCCCCCCUUAGGCCUAUGCGUGUCGGAAUAUUAACCGUGCGUGCGUGCGUGUGUGUGUGUGUGUGUGUGUGUGUUUGUGUGUGGUCAGGGUGUCCUUUCCAUACGUCCAUUCAGUUAGUUUUUAGUUGAGUCCCACCGCCACCGGCCACAGGUUCUCCGAUGAGCACAGGUGGCCAUGUGGCUGAGGAGUCUUGCCCGUGUCCUUGUCUGAGGCUAAGGCAUCGUCCUGCCUUGGCCAGCAACUGUGAGCCGGUGGAGUCAGCAGGCACGGGGCCCAGUCUUCCCGUGCCGUAGGCAGCGGGGACCAAGCAUGCCAGUGCUGGUUGGUUCUGGUGGCAUUUAUCUCCAUAGCAGGAAGCAUCUCAACUGGCUUUGGGCAGUACGGUCCCUGGAACACGUUUCUGACAUUUUCACAGUGAGCGCAGCCCCUCCCCAACCCGGGGGGUCACUGCUUGAGCCUGUCACGCACAAGCUUGCUCUAGCCACAUGCCUGCCCACCCAGCACCAGGCCCGGCAGCGAUGAGAUGCAGCAGUGAGUGAGGGCCGGACUCUGCCCCAGGGGUGCCGCACCUUAGAGGGAGAUAAACCACACAGACAGGGUGGUGGGUCCUAUGGAAACCCAGAGCAGAGGGUUCCGUGAAUCUGUCUACCUGAGACGGGGUUUUCUGAGUAAGCCUGGGUGCCUGUAGCAUCUGCCCUGUGACCCGUUCUUCCUGAAGCUGCAUCCUCACUACAUCAUCGGAGUCCCCACAUGGGCUGGCAACCUGCCCACCCAACACUGUGGAGUACAGUGAGCAAGGGGCGGCGAGGAAGGAAGAGCCAGCAUGGAGGUCCCCCCUGGGCACCACAAAGGCGAAUCAUGAGGGCUGCGCGGGGCUUGGGUGGUCAGAGAUGUUUAAACCUGGUUCGAACGACAUACAAGGGUAGCAGCGGGAUCUAGAUAAGAGGGAUGUGCCCAGGCAAGUGCCAUUACAAGAGCCAAAUGCCCUUCGGGUUCCUAGAUGCAAACAAGCUAAGGUGGCCAGGACAGGAAGAACAGCAGAGGUGAGAGGGUGACACCACACCCAGAUCUCUGUCACCAUAACGAUGCACAGGCACAAGGCCUCCCCUUUGAUGGCGCUGUGUUUCAGGAAAUAAGGCUCUUUCCACUCGGGCAGGCCCUUGAUCCUCUCAACCUCUCACGUGAGGACCACCGCUUGGUGGUCCCAUUUUUAGACCACGGAAGCUGUCACUCUGCUGGUUCUAAAGGCCUCACGGGUCAAAGACCUCUGUCUCUGCACCCAGCCUGUCUCUCUCAGAUGCGCUGCUGUGCCCUGCACACAGCCUGGAGAACCUAUGCUUGAUUAAAGAUGGACAUGGGCCCUCUCCCACGUGCUGAAACGUCAUGGGGUAUGGAACGGCCUUUUGCCCUGGAGGUUAAAGAGGUCGGGGUCAGGGGGUCAUAAGACAGAUUCUGAUAGCAUGUGAGCAAGGUGAUCACAGGCCGGCCUGCCUCAGUUUCCCCAGGAGCGAGAGGAAGGAGUCAGAGCAGAUGGGGAGGGGAUGUCUGCCUUUGGUUGGCUCUGGGUGACACUCCUGCAGCUGCUUGCACAGGGCUCAGGGUUCCUUCCUCUGCGAAGCCUUCUUCCUCAGACACAGGAUGGACCACGGCCAUUCGGACAGCAGGGUUUCUGGAUGGGGAGGGGUGUUCAUUAGAGGUCUCUUAGGGAAUAGCUGAAGGUCGCCGUGAAGGUUCUGGUUGCAUCUCUCAUGUAUGUGUCUGAGGUAAGAAUCUGGACUCUGUCCAGGGCACAGGAGUACCCCUGUCCCCAAAGGUCAGCUGUGCAGGCCUUGGGCACCCUGCUCCCAUUCCGCUGGGUGAUCCCGGCUCACCCACCACCCAUGCUCCCUGAGGCUCCUCUCCUCACUUGGCAAGCAGGGGUCAGAGGUCAGGGUCUUACCCCAUGCCACCUCACAGAGCCACUGGAGGCAAGAGCUGUGCCCUAUGUAGAUCUGAGCACCCGGGGUGGGCUGCAGGACCCCAGGUGGCCAUAAUGAAAAGCCAUCCCCCACCCCCUGUCCAUGGCUGGCAGAUGUGCCAAUUAGUAGCAUGUCCUGAAGAGACACGGCAAGUUCCCAAACAGUUGUGGAGCGGUGUCUCGGCCGAGGCUCCCAUUGCUGCCCCGUCCAGCUGCGUCUGUCCCCUGCUUUCCAUACAGUACACAAGUGAGUAGCCAUAGAAAGCAGAGAGGCAGGAAAUGCUGUGUGCCCACAGAGGGUCACGGGACAUCCCUGUGUCUGUCUGACUUUUACCCCUGGGAACUGCAUGUCCUCAGGGAGCAGUGUUAUGCCCUGUCAUCUGUGUGCUCUGGAACCUCCUCCCCGGUUGGCUGUACUCACCGAGGAAAUGCCUGGCUCAUCUCUCGUGGGAGUGGCCAAGCAUCUGAUGGGGACUGUCACCAGUGUGCAAAAGGCCUUAAUCCCAACAGGAACACACACACACACAAAUGUGCAUACCCAGAAAUACACACACACAUGUACACACAUACACACACACACACACACACACACAAUUUACCCACCCAUGUGAACAUAACUUGUACUUGUUCAUAUGUCCACACAUGCAUGGACACACUCACAUGUAAACACAUAUGUGCACAUAUCCAUGCAUGCAUAUAUGUGCAUAUGCCAGUGAGUGUAAUUUACAUAUGUUCAGCAACGCACGUCUGUGGACACACGUGUAUACAUGAGAACAAACACCGGCAUUUGUGUAUACAUACACACUCACGAAUACCACGUGUAGAGCUCACACAUGUCCACAAAUACACUCACACAUGCACCCACACACAAACACACACAUACACAGUCUGAAAGAGGUCUCAAGAGGAUCCAGAGCCUCGGGCUUCCGGACGUUUCUUACUGGCUUGUUUUAACUUCUCAACCUCGCUGCUUGGUUCCCGCUAACAGGAAUUGUUUGGGAGGUAAACAUGAGACUCCCCAGGCACUUGGGCACAGGUGGCAAUCUAAGCGGUGUCCUGUGUGUGUGUGUGUGUGUGUGUGUGUGUGUGUGAAAGGCAGGGAGCCAGCACACUGUGUGCCAGGGAGCUGUGCCGAGGCAGUGGCGGCCUCGGGCUGAAUCACUCAGCUCACCUUGUAUGUGCCAAUGUCUGGCUGGUCAGCGGGGCCUAUGAGGAGGUGGGGCCCAUGAGGAGGCGGGGCCCUGUGCCCUCUAGAAAAUGAGGCUUGGUGCCUGUCAUGUUGGGUGCCACAGUGGUCUCCCACGCCUUCUGUAGCCUCAGCAGUGUGCCUGCACUUUACGAGCUGUGGAUGGAAAGACUGACAGCCAAGGCCAUCUGCGCAGGGACACACACGCACCACCCACACGAUGUUCAGCUGACGCUUGCUGGGCAGCCCCUGCUGUGUCGCCUGUGUCCACCUGAGGCCCCGCCUGUGUGAAUACGUGUGUUGUGUCAGAGAACACGCAGGGGUCCCACGAGAGGCUGGGGUCCGCCACUGCUACCUGACUCGCUGUGCCUAACAGAAACACUCCCACCCUACCCCCCUCAAAAUACACACAGAACAUUUAUCUGUCCCCCCACAGAAGUGACCUUGGAGCUGGCGUUGUUUGUCCUGCCCGACCCUGUCUCCAGUCCAGACUCCUGCCUGGUAGUCGGUGCUAGAAAUGCUUGAGGAGUGAGUGGAUUUAACCAUUAGUCAGUGAUUAACUCGGUGAUUAACACUCUUAUCUUAGUGUCAAAGCCCUGACCCGUUUACCCUUGACCAACUAGAACCACCCUCUGAGACAUACCAAGUCCCCUUGCGGUCAGUGUCUACCUUAAAUUGAGCAUGGGACCAGCAACUGGAGUCACAGAGCCACCGUGACCUCCUAGCUUGGUCGCAGCUAGUAUCUGAUUAGCGUGAGCUCUUAGGCCUGUGUUGUGUCUCAUUAUCUCACAUCCGGUCUCUUCCCAUCUCUCCCCACUGUCUUGUUCAAGCUGUGGGGAAGUGUCUUCUUCUAAUACCCACAGGUGAGCAUAUGGGCGAAGUGCAAUAACUAAGCUGCAAGGCCAGGGCCCGGCCACCCUAGAGAGGCAAGGGACCUUCCUGCAAAGGACCUGUUCCACCCUGAGUCAGUGGGACAGGGCAGGUCGACAGGGUGGGGCAGGAAGGUAUCGCUCUGCUAGAAUCGCCAGUGUUGAGUAGGCAUGGGGGUCUCUCUGAAAGCCCAUAACCAGGAAAACCAAAACCAAACAAAAACAAAAGCAAAACAAAAAAACCUGAUAUCAGCUAUCCUCCCCUGUCCCGAUCCAAUGUAAUAAUAGUGUGUGUCACACUGACGCUGUCUCGCUGCGUUUGUCUUUCUAUAUAGUGGUUUUUAUAACGACGUCCUUAGUUUUAAUAAAGGAGAAAUCGAGACAACUGUU